AAAGGGAAUACAAAUCCACCCACUGGGUGCGAGUGAGAAGUCACCAAAACAUGAGCUAGGAGAGGCUUCUAAAGAAGACCCUGCCUACUCGAAAAAUCUUUCUUAUUUUUCUUAUAUAUUUUUUUUUAAUUGAGAAGCUACGUGUCUGCCAUUUUUUUAAUUUCUAAGUUUAUUUAAAGGGAAACCAGUGGCUUGAAGAUGAGACUAAAUAUUGCCAUCUUCUUUGGGGCUCUCUUUGGUGCUUUGGGGGUUUUACUCUUUUUGGUGGCUUUUGGAUCGGAUUACUGGCUUCUUGCAACUGAAGUGGGGAAGUGUUCAGGUGAACAGAAUAUAGAGAAUGUCACUUUCCACCAUGAAGGAUUCUUCUGGAGAUGUUGGUUUAAUGGGAUUGCGGAAGAGAAUGAUUCCAGUAUCUGGAAGUUCUGGUACACCAAUCAGCCACCGUCCAAGAACUGCAUGCACGCUUACCUGUCACCAUAUCCCUUCACGAGAGGGGAACACAAUUCAACCUCCUAUGACUCUGCUGUUAUUUACCGUGGUUUCUGGGCAGUCCUGAUGCUUCUGGGGGUCGUCGCCGUGGUGACUGCAAGCUUUCUGAUCAUCUGUGCAGCCCCCUUCGCGAGCCAUGUUCUCUAUAAAGCCGGCGGAGGCGGGUACAUUGCUGCAGAGGGCAGAGUGGGAGGGAGGCCUUUUCCGUGCCCUUCACGGUGUGGAUAUACAAUUAGGACAACCGAUGCCCUUGGUUCCAGAGAGGCGCUUCAUGCGUUCAUCCGUCAGCAAACGUUUAUGAUCUCUCCGCUAUGCGCCAGGCACGACACCAGACCGUGGCCUGCAAUGGCGAGGAGAACCGAGACAGAGCAUGAGCAGGAGAGGGGCAGAGAGAGAGGGAGACUCAGAAUCCCAAGCAGGCUCCAGGCUCUGAUCUGUCAACACAGAGCCCGACGCGGGGCUUGAACUCAGGAACUGUAAGAUCAUGACCUGAGCCGAUGUUGGAUGUUUAACCCACUGAGCCCCCCAGGGGCCCCGUGGAUGUUAAAAUUUCUAAAAAAAAAGAAGGUAUGGAUACCAUAAUCAAAAUUCUUGCAGCUUUGUUAAAAAUCUGAUACCUACGAUAGUUUUCACAGAACAGGGGAUGAUGUUUACAGCAUGCUUUUUGCAUGGUGCUGCCGUCUUAUUCACUUAAGGACAGAUUAAGUAAGUGUUAAAGCUGAGCAGCAAGAAUCUCUAUUAUUUUUGUAAUGCUCACUGUUAAAACCACACGUAGGUUCUUUUUUCUGGGAUCAAAGCAGAGAAGGUUCGCUACUCUAGAAAGCUAAAAAUGGUACAUCGCCGUAAAAGUGAACAGUUGGCUUCUUUUUGAAUUAUAGCCCUAGAUGACAAGUAGAAAGGAAAAGUGCUAAUUCUUCAUAAUUUCUCAAUGCCCGAACAAGUUCUUGACAUGAAAGUAUUGUCUGAUCAUUUAAAAUGUAAUUUAAUGGUUACCAUCAAUUUCUUUUCUCAAUGACCUUUUUACUUUUAAAAAAGUAAAAAAACAAAAAACAAAAAACAAAAAACAACUUAUCUGGAGAAGACACUUUUUUUUUCUUCAAAUGUCUAUUUAUGUUUGAGAGAGAGACAGAAUGUGAGUGGGGGAGGGGCAGAGAGAGAGGGAGACCCAGAAUCUGAAGCAGGUUCCCGGCUCUGAGCCAUCAGCACAGAGCCUGAGGUGGGACUCGAACCCACCAGCUGUGAGAUCAUGAUUUGAAGUUGGAAGUUCAACUGACUGAACUGAGGCGCCACCCAGGCGCCCCUGGAGAAGACACUUUAACACGGAAGUUAAUCUGCUUCCCCAAGUUCACUCAGAGGACUUUAUGGGGUUCUGGUGCUGAGGAUAAGGAACAGUAGUAGAUGGGUUCUGGGCUCUGCAGAGGGAAGCCUUUGGGCUCUGAGCUGGCAAGUGGGUACUCCCUCCAUCAUAAGUAUUUCUGUUGUGCUCUGUUGGGACACACAUUUGAAUUUUUUUUUCCUAAGUGAGUAUGUAUUUUUAUGCAUAUCUCAUUAGCAGGAUUUCACAAGAUGAAAGGAAAUAUUUAAAACAUUUUUAAAAAGGAAUCCCAUCACAGUGUAGACAUCAUAUUCUGAAUAUUCUUUGCCUCCAAGUCCAAAAAUAUAUCUUUCUUGGGAUGCUCUCUGUUUGACUUCACUCAAGUUAGGGGUAUUUUGGGGAGAUGGAAUAAGAAAGCCCACUUGAAACAACACUUUUUAAUAUCCUAGUGAGUGGCAAGAAAGAGAACAAUUCUCUAAUAAGGUUUUAGAUAUAUUCGGUAGUCAAAAAAUGAUAAAAUAGCAUCCAUUUCAACUUUUAAAAUCAGUUUUUGUUUUCUUUAUUUUGUCUGCACCGAUGCCAGAAAAUAAUUCAUUUAGUACAACAGGACCCUCGGUACUUUUUAAAAAAAUUAUUUCAGUGGCAAGUGUAUUUGACUUUUUUGUUUAUUGUUUUCGUAACUUGACUGUGACUCACGGAACCAGAUGAUUUGGUGUCUCAGAAACACAACCAUGGAGCAUUAGCUAGAUAUUUAAACAAGUUUAAUGUUCUCAUUAUUUGGUUCUUCUGCUUUGCCUCAGACUGAUCAUAGUAUUCAACUGUUUUAAAGAACAAAGUUUUAAAAAUCCAAAGCUGGAGAUUAAGUCUCAUCCUUUAUUUUAUAGAUUUCUAGAAUAGAGUUUACUAUUAGAAACCAAUCAUUAGUUGAGAAGAUUUCUCUUUGUUGUCUUUUCAGUGUUUCAGUCCUUGGUUAAGCUUUAACUUUUAAUAUUCAAGCAUUUAAAAUGUAACUCUUCAGUGACAACCGGUGAAAAAUAUUUAACACUGUCUAUCAAUUUCUGAAUUCUCCCAGCAGAUAUGAACAACUAGCUUCCACUGAAGAUUUCUCUCUACCUCUAAGAGAAUAUGUGUUCAGUUACUGCACCAUGUGAAAUACUAUAAUUGGAACCUAUUCUACAUUCAAAUAAAUAAAUUAUUAAUACUCUCUGCUGCUGUUAAACAAGCAUCACAUUUGCAGCCUUGAAAUUCUGAUUUGUCAAGUAUCGGGGGCUGUAACUAUAUUAAACAAUGCCUCUAUGUGAGGAGGAAAAUAUUCUUUAGAAGGGGGAUCUUAAUCAGUUUCAUGCUGAGCAAAAGAAAAUUGUAAACUAUGCAUUAAAAGAAGAUUUACUGAAAGUUAUUUUUGCUAGAUCCACUGCAUUCUAAUUCACUGCUUCCCUUUUUGCUUUCAAUGAUAAUAUACGUAAUCUUCCAGCCACAUUCAUGAGCAAAGUUUGAUGUGGAUUUACACUUGUGGAGCUACAUUACAAUGGGUAGAUUUAAGGUAUUAUAAAAUGAGUUUUUGGAUUUGUUACAGAGGUAUGGAGCCCCUCAGAUACAGGCAGAUAGGUUUUCCAACAUAUGGCAACCACCUUAUUGUAAAACAAAACAGUGUUAAAUCAAAGUACCUGAUUACGAUUCGCGAGUGCCAUGCAGCUCUGAUAGCCAGGCUUACAUUUAAUACCUCAGAAACAAUAUCAUUUAUUUUUCUGUCUUCUCUUAUCCCUAAGUUAUUGGGUUUGUAGGCUUUGAAACCUUAAGCAAAAGGAUAAAACACAAAUUAUAGAAAACAUUGGAGUAUGGAGAAAUCAAAUUACAUUUUCCACAAUCCCGAAAAAGAUGGUUCGCAUUCCUCUUGUGCAGUCUGGGCGAAUCCCCAUUACCAGAGAGCUUUCGAGGGGAUAAUUAGUAGUCUUUGGGGUAACAAGGAGAGCAUUCAUAUUAAACUAGGAAUAGCCAACUCUACUAAAGGGUUAAUUUCUGGGUUUGAAAUGAUAAUUAUCCCAGUCAAAAAAAUAAAUAAAUAAAACAAAACCCCUUAUUGAGAGGAUUCAAAUAAUUAAAAAAAAAAAUCAAGCGUUAUUUACAUACUAUGUUUAUCAGUAGAGGUCUAGAGAGGGUUUAAUUUAUUUCAGAAUAGUAGGUCGGUUCUCCUUGUUUGCAAUUCUCUCUUUAAGUUUCAAAUUUACCAUGAAAUUGUGGAAUUUUGGAAGUUGUUCAGGAUCUGAACAUAAAGAAAAAUCUAAUCACCAUCAACAGUAGAAAGCAAAUUCCUUUGCAACAUCAGUUUCUAAUAAAUAAGACCUUGCGGAAACUGCGGGGAAUGACAAAAAACUGUUAGGGGCUAGAUAUAUUCAGUUGAGUGCAGUAACUAGUUAAUUUAUAACCAGAGUUAAAGUUCCAUGGGCUUGUCUUGGGCUCUUGAUCCUAUACACGGCUCUCUUAUUAACAAGGCUUUAAUUCCAGUACUGACAGACAAAAGCGUCGGACCCUAAUGAACUGUCUGCUCGGUGCAGAAAGCUGGUGGUAAUGUAGAAUGUUAGUUACAAUAAUGAUAAUCUUUAGUAUUUUUAGCUUGUCAGAACUUGCACAGCUAACAACAACCAGUCUUUUACUAAAACUCUACCUCAUCAAACUAACUUAAUUAGCAAUUCAACUCCUUAUUUUUGUUUUGGAUUCCCCUCUGGCUACUAAUUAAAGCUUAAUCGAAACCGCUGAACUGAGGUUGUAAAGAAUUCAUUAAUAUUAAAAUUAGCCCCAACAAUUUUUUUGGGGGCUGGUGCAAUUUGUAUUUGUUACUGUCAGGGGUUUGAAACUCGGUUGAAUUGUUAAAAGAAAGCCAUACCAGAAAUUCUCAGUCUGCCAUACAUAUGAGUUGAGCGCAUAUGACGAAUGCCAAUAGUUCUACAAACAGAUCAUUUCUGGCCAUACAAACUCAGUCUACUCGGGCCAUUUAAAAAUAUAUUUAGCCAAAAUAUAACUUAGGAUAUUUUUCUGAGGUCAUUCACAUGGCUUUAUCCCCCUAAGUGGUUUCAUAUUUUGGAUAAAAGAAAGGAGAAAGGGCUCUGGAAAAAAUUUCAAGGAUUGAUUUUUAUGUAUUAUCUUGACAAGAUUAAUAUGUUUGAAAAACGAACAGAUUUAGCUCUUCACUUUGAUUUCUCCACUUUUUGUAACAUCAAAGAUUACGCGAACAGCAGUACUGGUCACUCUGAAAAGUGAAAUCAAAUGAACACCAAACCCAACUGCUCCGUAAAGGACACUUUGAAAAAAAAACAACCUGAAAUCCGAUCUUUUCUCAUCUUUUAUCGAGAAUGGUUGAAAAGGAAAUGUAAUACAUUGUUUUUUCUCUAAUAAAAUGAUUAUGUUGAUGUAUGCCUUCAGUUUUUUUCCAGAUUUCUUUUGACCGUUUAAAUAGGAAAUUUAAAACUAUCAGAUAAUUCUUGGCUCACGUUAAAAAUAAUCACUUAUUCAAUGUUUGCUUAUUUGUAAAUAUUCUUAGUUUCAAAGAGCCUACAUUUUGUUUUCCAGUUUGUGUCAUGUCAAUGCAAAUUGGAAGUGCUUUUCUUCUUGGUGUGCAGGAAAUGAUUUUCAUAAAUCAAAUUCUCUUUUCAUUUUAAUUUUUGAGAUUUUAAUAAUUUUGUGAAAACAUGUAUAUUUAUUUUACCCUUUAGGAAAAUUCCAAGUGUGUAGGAAACAAACCUGUUGGCAGUAAAAUAUACAGCAACUAAUACUAUUUAGCAUAUCUUAUUAAACCCGAACAUUAAAAUAGCCUUAUAAAAUGCAAUCCUUCCUCAAAAUGUAUAUGAAAAUGAUACUUACAUCUAGGUUUCAUUUAGACAACAUUUGUGACAAAAUAAUCAUGUGCACAUUCAAAAAUAAAUAUAUGUCCAUGUUAAGCCCCCUGGAUUAAAUCAACAAUGGCAUAGAAGGCACACAAUUUUAAAUCUUGGUGACAAUUUCCAUGAAGUUAUUCAAAUACAUUUUGACUUCUGACAAGAGGAUGUAAUUUAUAAAACAGAACGUGCCUAUCAGUGGAACCUAAAUUAGCAUAAUGAGGAUACUUUCAUUUCUGCAAGCACAGUUUUUGACAUCCUAAUGUGGAGCUCUUAGAAGAAACCAGUAAAAAAAAAAAAAAAAAAAAAAAAAAA